GAGCGUGUUUUUAAAGCAGAGGGCUUGUCUGAGGUUCUUAGUUCUUAAUCUCGGGCUUGGCCCCCAACCUCCGGGCUCUUUCCGGGACCUAACAGAUGAGCUGUGUGUGCUGUUCUUGGGCCCCCUGUACUCGGAGUGACCUAGCCCCGAAGGCUUGUCAUGUUUUCCUGGGGUCUAAGCUGCCUGUCGGUGCUGGGGGCGGCGGGCACCGCUCUCUUGUUCGCUGGCCUGCUGCUCAGCCUGGCCCAGCACCUCUGGACCCUCCGCUGGACUCUGAGCCGGGACCGGGCCUCCUCCCUGCCUCUGCCCAAGGGCUCCAUGGGCUGGCCCUUCUUCGGUGAAACGCUGCACUGGUUGGUUCAGGGCUCGCGCUUCCACAGUUCCCGCCGGGAGCGCUACGGGACAGUGUUCAAGACGCACCUGUUGGGCAGGCCGGUAAUCCGCGUGAGCGGUGCAGAGAACGUGCGCACCAUCCUGCUGGGCGAGCAUCGCCUGGUGCGCAGCCAGUGGCCGCAGAGCGCGCAUAUCCUGCUAGGUUCGCACACGCUGCUCGGCGCAGUUGGUGAGCCACACCGGCGGCGGCGCAAGGUCCUGGCGCGAGUGUUCAGCCGCACAGCGCUGGAGCGCUACGUGCCGCGCCUGCAGGGGGCGCUGCGGCGUGAGGUGCGCUCCUGGUGCGCGGUCCGCGGACCAGUGGCAGUAUACCAGGCAGCCAAGGCGCUCACCUUCCGCAUGGCCGCGCGCAUCCUACUGGGUCUGCGGCUGGAUGAGGCGCGUUGCGCCGAGCUGGCGCGGACCUUCGAGCAGCUGGUGGAGAACCUCUUCUCGCUGCCCUUGGACGUGCCAUUCAGCGGCCUGCGUAAGGGCAUCCGGGCCAGGGACCAGUUGCAUCGGCACCUGGAGGAGGCCAUUUCAGAGAAGCUUCGGGAAGAUCAGGCAGCAGAGCCAGGAGAUGCCCUCAACCUGAUCAUUCACAGCGCUAGGGAGCUGGGCCAUGAGCUCUCAGUGCAAGAGCUGAAGGAGUCGGCUGUGGAGCUCCUCUUCGCCGCCUUCUUCACCACGGCCAGCGCCAGCACGUCCCUCAUCCUGCUGCUACUGCAGCACCCGGCGACCAUCGCCAGGAUCCAGCAGGAGCUGGCGGCGCAGGGGCUGGGACGCGCGUGCGGUUGCGCUCCAGGGGCCGCGGGGCCCCGGCCGGAUUGCGGCUGCGAGCCUGACCUCAGCCUGGCGGUGCUGGGCCGUCUGCGCUACGUGGAUUGCGUAGUGAAGGAGGUGCUGCGCCUCCUACCGCCAGUGUCCGGCGGCUACCGCACAGCGCUGCGCACCUUCGAGCUCGACGGCUACCAGAUUCCCAAAGGCUGGAGUGUGAUGUAUAGCAUUCGGGACACGCACGAGACUGCCGCGGUGUACCAUAGUCCGCCCGAGGGCUUCGACCCCGAGCGCUUUGGCGCCGGGCGUGAAGAUGCGCAGGGCGCCUCUGGCCGCUUCCAUUACAUCCCGUUCGGAGGCGGUGCGCGCAGCUGCCUCGGCCAGGAGUUAGCACAAGCUGUGCUGCAGCUGCUAGCUGUGGAGCUAGUGCGCACCGCGCGCUGGGAGCUGGCCACGCCCGCCUUCCCCGCCAUGCAGACGGUGCCCAUCGUUCACCCGGUGGACGGGCUGCGACUCUUCUUCCACUCGCUCGCGCCCUCGGCCGCGGAGGAUGGGCUACACCUCUGA